GUUUUCUUGUUCUAGGAUUGAUAUUAUUUUGACAAUUUUGACGUAAUGAUGUUUUAGUGCUUUUACCAUUCUAACUCCCUUUUUAUAUUUAUUAAUCAGUCGUUCCGUUUAUUUUAAAAUUAGCGCAAAGCUUUUAAGUAGUGUGCUAUGAAAAUUUCAAGUUAAUAUGGGCGACGGUUUAAAGUUAGCUAAAGAUAAGCGUCAUAGGAGCUCCAGCAGUCUGGCUGGAGCCGUGUUAGAGGGAACACGUUCCGAACGUAAACUGGACAUGAAUGCUUCCAUACCGGAGAUGGACGACCAGUUUGCCACAGCAGAAGCUCGUUGUGAAGACCUUCAGGAGAAAAUUGAUUUGAUCAAAUCUUUAAAAAGAAAACGGAAACUCAAAAAGCGAAGCAUGACCAGAGUAACAGACCAGCCUAUGACGCCGGAAAAUGUCCCGUUCAUUACAGUGCGUACACAGCCGAAAAAAACUUUGCUGAUUACAGAGGUGUCGCAGCAAAUGGCGAGACUUCGUCGGCUGGAGGUGCCGCCGAACCCGACGCGCGGCUACCUGGACCCCGCCACCGUGGAGCAGCACCGCAUGAUCGGCCAGGUGCGGGGCUACAACCAGGCGUUCAAGCACCCAAACGAACGCAAUGCGCAACUGUCCACAAGUGCCGAACAAAGGCCAUACUCAAAAGUUCGGCGGCAACGGUCUCAGGCUGAUGGUGACAUUGAUGGUUUUACUGACGAAGGUAUAUGCGGGCAACAUGCUCCGUUGCCCAACGAAGAACCAUUGGAAGUGGCGUGCGGGCAGGACGAGAUAGGCGCGGAUUAUGUCAACUUCGACGUCUAUGAUCAUCCCCCGGAAUAUUCAGUUAUGAGUCCUAAGAAACCAAUCGAGAUUCGCCAGAUGAAACAGCAACUUAGUCGGCGGAGGCAUGUUCCCAGAGAGUCUCUACCUAAGGAAGACGAAGAAACGAUGGAGGCAUGGCGGAGCACUACGACGGGCGAGCUGCCGGUGACACGUCGUCGAGCAGCCAGUCGGAGCCAUCAGUCUUCAGCUACUGGAACGCACACGGACGACCGGCCGGUGGUGGAGCUGUUCAACAAGAGUCGGAUAAGCCCGACAGACGUGCGGCGGCAGCCACAGCCGCCGGCCGCACUCGAAAAGAAAACUAGAAAAGCUCGCAACUUACGGACGGAGAAAUUCGACGAUCAAUCCACUGGUCCUCUUGAAAAUAUACAAAUAGAGCCAAGGAAGGAACCACCGCACCACCCGCGUCGUGUCAAAUACCGGAGUCGUCGCUACGAGCUGCCGACAGUGGCCUCCCAGAUGAAGCAGGCUGGCAUGCGGUACUACUACGGAACCUCCAACCACACCAACAUACCGUUCGUCGUCAGCAAGAGCACCGCACCCUCACACAACAUCGGCGUCAAUAUACAACAGGUUUUAAAUGGACUGAAAAUUCAACAACCUUUAUCAGGCAUACCGCUGACAAUCGCACAUCAUAUGGGUUUAGGUCAUGUGCCAACGUACGGACCGAAGAGUACUGUCGCGCCAUCACUGGACCACCGUGAGAUAAACGCGAUCAAGGUGGGUCGGAAAUUGCUGCGGCUUCCUUCAUACAAGUUCAUGUCGUACAACCGACUGCUGAGUCUGUACCGCGAAGGCGACGGCAUGGUGCCCCGGUUCCUGAGAGCUAUCGCCAGGCCGCACUACUUCUACACCUCCAUGUACAACAGUCUUGCAACAAAUCGUGACGACUACGACGGCGCGACGUCAAAAGGUCGCGGCGGCAGUCACGAAGCCAAGCAGAGCCUCGCCGAGUACGCCAGCCUAUACCGGGAGUACGAACACAUCGACAAGUGCAUCAAGGAAGGCAACUACGAGCCCGAGCUGGAGCGGCGCAGGGAUGACCUCACGAGGGAGCUGGCCGCGCGGGAAGAACACAUUCGCCGGGUGGUGCAAGAAUACCGAACGUCAGGCGAACCUGAUCAAACGUUACGCGCGUCCGCUUCAACGGCUGAGGAGGGCUACCGGCACUCUACGUUCAAAAUGACGGACCCUCAACAGUAGCCAACCUUCCACCGUCGCUGGGGUCACUUCGUUUUACUUAUGAUUGUUACACUACAAAAAUCCCGGAUGCACAGUUCGCACUCCACAAAACGUCCUCGUUAUCCUAAACGGACCGAGCGACUGGAAUAACGUGCGUGCUACUGGAAAAAAAAUCUAAAUUUAUUUUCCAACGUGUAUAAAUGUGUAUAUGGAAAGAAUAAAAUUCUAAUAUAGGUAAGGAUUAUAUCGUUUCUAUUAAAUAUUGAUUCUGUCAUUACAAAUUUGUGAAGCUCGUCGUUUGUCUCUUUAUUAAAGAGUUCCAGCUCUGACGACAUAUCGUCAUUGUUCAGCCGAUAUUCGUUCCGAGGAUUUAUGUUUCCCUGUCUCGCAUUUAUUGGGUUGCAUAUGUAUCUGAAAGUCGGCAGUUUUGUUUGUUUCUUUAUCCUAAAACGUCCCAACUUUUAGUGUUCUACAUCAGAAAAUGCAUUCAUUGCACCUUAUUUUAUCGAAGACAUGCUUCUUUUAUUUUCUUUGAAAUUUUAAUCAUGUUAUAACCGUAUCUGUUUGCAAUAUUUUAUAAUCUUCGUAAGUCAGUAGGUACGCCGAGCGCAUACUAGCACCUAGUCGAAAUAAUACAGCUGAGGAAAGUUUUUCCUGGUGAGACUGAUUGUAGCCUUUUACUAGUGAAGCUACUAUGUCUGUUCGAUUGUUCGCUAGCUGAAAGUUUGCUAACACCACAGAGGUUGCAGUAAAAGUGUUCGUAGGUGUCGAUGGACGUUUUCCAAGUGCACUUGGUUGUUGUAACUGUGCGUUGGAAGUUAUUACGUCAAGUUUUAACUCGACCAAAUUUCGGGUACCCUCGGUUUUAGACUGAAGCCAGUUGCCGGGGUGUGUGCGCGAGUUAAACUCGUUUGAGUAAAUUAUUGGCAAGCGUGUGCGUGUCGAAGCGGGGACACGGAUGUAAAUUAUCAGUCGGUCGUGGGUCGGCAGGGCUCCUGCAUGUCUGGCACACGUAGCGUCUCCCUCGGCGCCCGCUGCGAGCGUCGCCGUCGUCCUUAUUUAACUGAUACUCCUCUCGCCUUAGCGUUAUAAGGACUCGAGUAGUCUAGUGCCUAGUUGUGGACUUCAGUAUGUUAUUGUGUAUUUGCUAUGUGUAAAAGUUUGAAAUAGUAACGGAGCUCGUCAACCGGCCCCAUAUUGUAGUCCCAACAUUUUGGCUGGCAUUAUAAAGCUUAAUUGUUACGUCGAAUAUAAAUUGUAAAUGACAUGUAAUCUUUAUUGGCUGCGAAUAGUAAAAGUUUGUGAAUGAUGUCAUAAUAUAAAGAGUUUUGAAUACAUUGUUUUGACUUUUCCAUUUUUUUUAUUUUAAUGCCUCUAUUUACUAAUAACGAAUAAUAAAGAAAGAAUAUGAAAGUGAAUAUGAUGUUCUACGAAGCGAUGUGAUCAUACAUCUAUGCAAUUUCAGAUAGUAGUUUAUAUCGAAUUAAAUCGAAUACAUACAA